UGUAUUUUCAGUUUCAACUUUGACAUUGAACUUCUCCAGAAGUUGGGGUAGCGUAGUCAUAGUUCAGUGAAGCUGGUCCUGGUCCUGGUGGAUCUCUGUUCUAGUCUGAACGAUAACCACCUGUGCGAUAACAUCGAGUGCUAACCGCCAGAUCGUUGUCACCAGGAAUGUUGCCUGUACGAUGUCGCCUCCUCACCUUCCCACCGAAAACGCAAAAUUGCAGGUCUCGGACCCCGCCAGAACACAAACGAUCCUCGUCGCGCUAUCUGGACCGUCCUGCUCCGGAAAAACGACGCUCGCUCGCCUGCUGCGCGACGCGUUAGCCCCACACGCCUUCAUUCUCCACGAGGACGACUUCUACCUCACCGAUGCGAAAAUACCGGUCAAGAAGGUAGAGGAUGGCAGGGAGCUCCAGGACUGGGACUGUUUCGAGUCCAUCGACGUGGAGGGCCUGCGCGACAUGCUUGCGUUCAUAAAGGAGCAUGGCAGGGUAAAAGACGACUUCCAAAGCAAGGAAGAUCAGAACGCCGUCGGCGACGUGAAAGUUGACAUGGAAGUCGUCAAGAGCUGGAAGAGCACGUUCGCGAGGGCGAUGGAGGGAAUCCCCAAGGGACGGUUAAGCGUCGCAAUCAUCGACGGCUUUUUGCUCUUCUCGGAGACCAUGAGGCAAGUGAGGGAGCUCUUCGACGUCCGUCUCCUGCUUCGGUUGGACCACGACACUGUGAAGAGAAGACGCGAGGCAAGAAUGGGCUACGUCACCCUCGAGGGCUUCUGGCAAGAUCCGGAGGGCUAUGUUGACCUCAUAGUCUGGCCGAACUACGUCAAGGAUCACGCCUUCUUGUUCAAAAAUGGCGACGUAAAUGGCGAGCUCGAUUCUGACGUGUGCGAGAGUCUCGACAUACACGGCAUGCCGAAGGAAGCCGUGGAAGAUAUGACGAAGUGCUUCAAAUGGGCAGCCAACAUCCUCCUCAAGAGCUUGGAAUCGGUGUGCACUGGUUGACACCAAUCUCCGAAAAAGCGGUUGCCUACUGUUCACUACCCAGACCAACGAAGUAAUGGAUUGGCAGACUUCAAAAAUUCAAAAGUUGAGUCGUUGCCCUAUCCUGAUGAUAAGUAUUAGAUCAAACUUGCAUUUACGGACAUGAAGUGAACGAAAAACUCAAGUUUCAUAUGUGGCGAAUGGCUAUCUACGAAUGAUGAGUUUGUGCAAAUGCUGUGCGUAACGUAGCGAAUUAAAUAGACUUGAUGGCCUUUUUUUUUUCCCAAAUAUCAGUUUCAUUUUUCUUUCUGUUGGCUCGCACCAAAUCGAUUAUAGUGUUAGUG